AAGUUGGAAUUGAAACCUGAAUAAAUAUAAAAAUCAUAAAGGAAAAAAUAAUGUGAACUUUAUCGGAAUGUGUUUCGACUUCGAGGGAAAUAAUAAAAUAAUAAAUACACGAAUCUUCGACCGCGGUACGGCGAAAAAUCAGUGCUGCGUGAACAAAACAAUAACAAACGCCUAAUUGGCCAGGAUUACUGGACAAAUAGAGCGACCAGCUUCGGCAAAUUAAUACUCGGAUAAUGGAAAAUAUUCUACUGAAGGAAGCAAUAAUCAUGGCUAACAGCAAUAAUAUGUGCCGCUUGUGCUUAUCGGCCAAUGGGAUUACCGAGCCAAUUUGCUAUGACCAGCGUGAUCAGUUUUUGCUGCAGAAAAUCUUCGAAUGUACUACGCUGCAGAUAACUCCACUGACUGGCAUUCCGUCCUCGCUGUGCACUAUCUGUAAAGCUCGAUUGGACGAGUUCUAUCAAUUUCGUUGGCAAUGCAUUAAAAAUGAUGAAAUAAUCCGUCGUAUUGCAGAUAAUUUUCCCAAACCACAGCCCACUGAGGCAGCUAGUCAAAACCCUAAACAGGAAAUAAUUGAAUCACAACCGGCUGUUGAAAUUGCAGCAGCACCGGUAGAAGACCCUUCCGAAUACAACACUUCAGAAGAAAGACAAUCGGACGAACGAGAAACGAACGGACGAUUUCAACAGCACCAUCAAGCGGCCAUAGCUCCGGGACGAACGGAGCAGCUCAGCUAUAGUAUCGAAGAUCAUAAUCAUCACAGUCAGUACGGUAUGGGCGCUUCAUCAACUUCUACUGUAGCAUCAGCCGACGGGUUUCCUCCGGACACUAAGUAUUCUGUGCAGCAUUCCGUUGCGCAACAAUUUGAGUUUGCGGAUUUUCGGAGGAAGCGUGGUCGUCCUCCCAAACAGAAAUACGACCAGUAUCACCACCCUGUCGUGAAAUACGGCGAGAAUUCUAUUGACGGAAUUAAAUCACAAAGAUCGAUUGACUGCUCCGAAAGCAGCACGAUGAUCGAUGAACCUGAAACCAUACUGACCUACGGGGAAAGCUCGGCUAGAGGCGCAGAAUACCAACAUGAAACUAUUUAUGGCGGUUGGGCCCCUCAACCAAAGAUCAAAUUAGAACAGAUGGAUCCCCAUUCUGCUCGAUAUGAUGACCAUUCUUCGGAGGACCGAGAACAAAGUCAUGAGGAUUACUUGAAACAUUCAUCUACCAAUACGGUACAAACUGUACUGACUCCGGAUGGGUUCGUCAAACGAAGCCGCGGUCGUCCACCACGAGAAGGUGGUUGUCCCAACCAAGACCGUACCGAAUAUCGUUUUCAGUGCCAAUACUGUGAUGCUCGAUUCAAAGCCGCUAUAAAUCUGAAGUUACAUACAAACACACAUACGGGGGAACGACCAUACAAAUGUCAACUGUGUGACAAGUGCUUUGCCCAUCCUAGCAAUCUGAGUGUUCACACCAAACUUCACUCGCAGGAACGAAUAAAACGAGAAGGCAUUCCUUCCGAAAAAAAGUUCCAAUGCCCCUACUGUCACACACUGUUUGCACUAGCGUUCCAAUUAAAAAUCCACAUCAACACCCACACCGGGCAAAAACCGUACGUUUGCAAAAACUGUGGCAAAGGAUUUGCCCAACCGAGUAAUUUGCAUGUGCAUGUAAAAAAACAUUGCCACAAAAGGAUGGACUACGACGUGCAUCAGAUGAGCUCCUCCCACCCAACAGCCCACCAGCCCUCCCCGCAGUCACAUUCGCCGGCACCAGCCCAAUCAAGCUACCAACCGAUACCUUUGCAUCAUCAUCAACUCCCGCCACCCUUACAUCAGCAACAUUCACCCCACAUACAGCAAACAGUCCAUAGUCCAGGAGCAGUUGGGACAACUCAUGCUCAUUCAUCGCAACAUCAACAACAUCAACCAAUACUAGCAGCAGCUACUGCGAUAGCAGUGGCACCACCCGUAGUUGAACAUCCUCAACAGAUUCAUCAACACGAUGUACCACCUGUCAGUACGGCACAACCACUUCCAUUAAACACACCCCCGGUGAUGUUAGUUUAAAAACAUAACAACCUAAAUGUUAUGGGUAAGCUGUAAACUAAUGCAAACAUUUAAUCAAAAGGUAUGACCAGGUUUUGUGUAAUAUUAAUAAGUUAUUUCUAAGUCCUAUAUAUCUUAUUACAUACAGAGAAUAAUCAGUUUUAUACGUACUAUUUUUGUAACUAACAGCUAAAUUUAAAAUAUUUUUUUUUUCAUAUAUUUGUACAAUCUGUUGCCGAAUAAACUAAACAAAUUAG